AUGGCCACAACCAACCACACCGGCACGCAAACAGCAGCAGUGGUCCCCAACCCCGGCCCCAACGCCCAGUGCGAGAUCCGCCACGACAUUCCCAUCCCGACCCCUGACCCAGACCAAGUCCUCGUCAAGCUCACCCAUUCCGGAAUCUGCCACUCGGACGUGCACUCCAUCUACAAUGAGACGCCCAUGGAGACCGACAUCGCUGGCCACGAGGGCGUUGGUAUUGUUGUCAAGCUGGGCUCUUCGGCCAGCCAGCAUGUGAAGGUUGGAGAUCGAGUUGGGAUCAAGUGGCAGUGGUCCGUCUGCGGGACUUGUGCUGCUUGUGCUGUCGAUGAGACGGCGUGUCCGAACCAGAACAACUCCGGGCGGAACGUCAGAGGGUGUUUUGCGCAGUAUCAAGCUGCGCCGGCGAAGGAUGUUACGCUUUUGCCGCCUUUAAAUGAAGAUGGUAACGCAGCCGACGGUCUGAGCAGCGAACUACUCGCUCCGCUACUGUGUGCUGGACUUUCAAUGUAUAGCUCAAUCUCCAAAGCCAAUCUCUCACCAGGACAGUGGCUGGUGCUGCCCGGCGCAGGGGGCGGUUUAGGGCACCUCGGCGUCCAGAUCGCGAAAGCGAAAGGCUACAAAGUCAUUGCGAUCGACUCCGGCAAAGCAAAGCGGAAGCUCUGCGUGGACGAGUUCGGCGCUGACGCCUUUCUCGACUUCAAAACAGACGACAUUGAAGCGGAAGUCUUAAAGCUAACAGAUGGAGUCGGCGCUCACGCUGUUGUCGUCGGUGUCGGGUCGACAGCGGCGUAUGAGCUGGCGUUCAAGCUUGUGAGAAGACUUGGGACUUUAGUAUGUGUUGGAAUACCGAGGACGAAUUUUCACUUGCCUGUGAGUCCGUUCGAGAUGAUUGUAAGGAGCCUGAGGGUUGUGGGAAGUAGUUGUGGCACGAGGGAGUCGAUGUCGGAGCUGUUGGAGCUGGCAAAGGAGGGUAAAGUCAGGGCGAAGGUGGAGGUUAGGGAGCUCGAUGCGAUCAACGAUGUGGUCAAAGGUCUGGCGAACUUCGAGAUUGGCGGAAGAGUUGUUUUGAGGAUACCGGAGUAA